AUGACUAAAAGUACAGGAGAAAGGCUCUAUCGUGCGUGCAUUCGCUGUCGACAACGCAAGACAAAAUGCGAUUUGUAUGUUCUCCCCUCUACUGUUCUAUCUAAUAACAUUGGUUACAGACAAUAUACAGGCGAUGAUUAUCAGCCCUGCUCAAAGUGCUCUGCAGAAGGACAUAGGUGUAUAGUUGGGACUUCGAGGAGAGGAGGCAAUUAUUCGAGGUUUCGUCUUCGGAGGAAAGAGAGGCAGCCUAUUGAUCGUUCAGAGAGAAUUCCUGACCCUGUGGUGACGGCGACGAAAGAUCAAGAGCAUGAUCUCUGCGGGAUUCAAAAUCCGCUUGAGGCACUGCAGAUUCUUGCUCAGACUGCUUCUGCUGAAAAUAAUAUAGAGAGGAGAGCUACGGUCACCACUACGCCUGGCGAGUCAGAUAGUCAGGUUAUACCUCAGCUUAAUUCAUCUGGCCUUUCCAGGAUGGAGUUGAUCCGUGAUGAGCCCUUCCUCCUCACAGCAAUCCUAACAAUUGCUACAAAAGACCGGCCAGGACUGGAAAUCCUACAUUCUCGAGCAUUAACCUAUAUGGAAAAGCUUCUCCUCCGUGUUGUUCUAGGCGCUGCAAGUGUGCGCCAUGUUAGUUCUGUGGAGGGAUUGUUGUUGCUGGCUGAGUGGGUGCCACAUAUUAGUUCUUCCACAGAAGAGGCGAAUCAAUCAGGACAGAGUCAGGGCCAGGGAACGGAGGAUAGCGUUGCGUGGAAUCUUGUCGGGUUGGCUGUGAGACAAGCAUAUUUGCUUCAUCUCGAGAAAUAUUCGUUUCGCGGUGAGGCAAAGGGGGAGGCUGAAACGGACUUGAAUCGGAAGAGACUGGCUUGGAUAUUUACAUACCUCGCCGAUCGCCAAAUCUCCAUCCAAAUGGGCCAGGCUUUCUGGUGCCGCGGGCCAGGUCUCUCAACCCGCUUCACAGUUGAUGACUAUCCAUCUCUCCGGCCCCAGAAGCCCGGUGAAAUCGAUUACGCUUCCCUGGUCCAAGCUCAGGUCGAGCUUACAACUCUAUUCGGGAAUAUCCAUGACAUUCUGUACGCAUCCAAAACACGCACCGUGCAACUGAUGCUCAUGGGCGAUUACACCAAGUACCUUGACGAUAGCUCAAAAGCGCUGGCAAUGUGGAAAGAAACCUGGGGCAGGUUGAAUGUGCCAUCAUAUUUGAAUGGGCUUUUAAUACUGCAAUUUGAGUAUUUGAGGCUUUAUGUUAACGCGUUUGCAUUUCAGGCUGUGCUUUAUCGAUCGAGAGGCACAGCAGAGAAUGGAUCCUCUGUUUCGUAUUUUCCGUAUAGUGUGAUUGCGAGUCCAGAUGGGAGGCAUAUCUAUAUCGCGAUUGACGCGGCAAAGGCAGUCCUGACGACGCUUAUGAACCGGUUGAAUCCGCCCAAGCAUUUGCGAUACCUUCCUGUUCGGUUUUACUUAUAUGAAAUCCAUGCAUCAGUCUUCCUAUUCAAAGCAUCAUCCGUUGGAGCCUUGGCAUCAGACGAACAUCAAACCUGCUCAUUACUUGUCCGACAAUUCAUUGCAAUGCUCAAAAGCGCAGCGACCAGUCCAAAACACAUGGCGUAUCGCUACGUGAAACUUCUCACCAAUCUCUGGUUUCAGGGUCAGGUUACCCCAGAGUUCGCUCAGUUUACUCGAGUAGAUUCCACGCAAGGAAUGCCUGCAGGAACCAUCCACAUGGACGCUCAGAAUGUAUCUGACGCAGUAGAUGGCGAGAAUAGAGAUUUAAGUUCUCCGUUUGUAGAUAUGUUUCCAAUGUUUGGUGAUUCAGAAGCGCUAGAUUGUCCGGAUGCGUUUUUGUCCAGUUUGCCCUUUUUACGAGGGGGGUUUCCAGAGUUAGACGAGAGUGGCGUUGGUCAGCUGUUGAUGUCUGAUCUAUAG